GGAUAAAGUAAGCCAUUCACAAAGAACAAUCUCUCUCUAACCUUCCUCUGCAACUGAUCGUACCUUUCUAAUUCCCCUGCACUUUCCGGUCCAAAAUGGACACGGAAAUGACGGAUUCACCACCAACAAAUCACGAUAAAGAUAACCCAGCUACUAGAAAAGUGAAAAAUAGAGAUCACGCUGGAAGUGAGUCAUAUGAAGCCACCCAAACAACCAGCACCCAAAACCCACAAACCCAGCAAACUCCCCAACAGGAGAGCACAAUUCCGGUUGAAGGAGCCCCAUCUUUCAAGGAUCGUUUGCUUCAAGGUCAACAAACUGAAUUCACUAACAAUUUCCAUAUGGAAACGGUCAUUGUUGAAGAUGACGACGUAAUAUACCCAGAGGAAGAUGGCACCCCUUCAAUUAGGUUCUCGGACAGAGUUCAAGUCCUGAUGAAACGAGCAAUGACAUACUCUGUUGCUGUAAAGCCCUUAGGGAAAGAAUUUAGACACGAUCGGCUCUGCAAAAGACUUAAAGGACUAUGGAGAGCCAAAGGAGAUGUUAAGCCAGUGGAUACAGUUGAUGGAUACCAUAUACUCCGACUCACAAACGAGGAAGACUACCACGCAACACUAUUAAAUGGUCCAUGGUCUCUAGAUGAAGCAUACAUACUGGUCCUCCCCUGGAAUCAAGAGUUCAACACAAAAGAAGACAAUUUGAAUGCAGCCCAACAUGGAUUCGCAUCCUAGGUCUGUCAGUCCAAUACUUUCAUGAAGGGCUCCUCCGGCGAAUUGUUAAACCAUUGGGAAGAUAUAUCAAGGCGGACAGGCACACAAUCACAGUCGAGCAUGGCAAGUACGCCCGAAUCCGCUGUGGAGCUAGAUCUCAAAAAGACACUAAAAGGGAAAUCUAAAGUAGAUGGGAAAGACUAUAAUAUAGAAUAUGAAGAUCUCCAUACACUCUGUUACUCCUGUGGUAGAUAUGGACACCUAAGGCACGAAUGCAAGGACUUUCCGAUCAACUCUCCGGCAAAUGGAAGUGCAUCAGGACAAGGACUGGAAUUGGGACCAGAAAAAAUGGGCACCGGGCAUACAGGCCAAACGACAAAAAAACGGACACAACUCUGCAGCAACAAAAAGCACAAAUCCCUACACAACCUCUCAAACCUUCAUCCUUAGGCGAGUGGAGCCACGCGACCAAGGGAAAAUGCCACUACCCCACCAAUCUUGUGACCGGAAAGAACCACAAAUCCACUGUCCCCGUCACUAGCACAUCCUAAGGUAUGCUAUCUAACCCAUUUGCUGCUCUUGCAGGUUUAGCAAAUGAUACCCACGAAGCUGCCACCACCUCAGGAACGAAAACAUUAAUGACAACCUUCAAUUGGAACAAUAAACCCUGCGUUUUCACUGCUGGCUGCUCCAAUACAAACAAUCACCACAAAACGACACCCAAAACCUGAAAUCCAAAACAGGGAGAGAACAUGGAUUAGGAACACAUUAAAAACAAACCCAAGCCCAAGCCCAAGCCCAAACACAAUACUACCCCAACAGGCCCCAAUAGAGUCCAGCCCAGAGAAAACCCCAAUAGAACCCAACCCAGACACCCAAAACGAAAACGACCAGGAACCAAUAGAUCGCAACCCCCAAUCCAUACUGGACCUAGCCGAACACUCAGCAAUAUGCCUCCCUCACCAAAACCAAUGACCACCAAAACAGAGGAACAAAAAAACUCAGAAGAUCAAUGCCCAGUUUCAGACCAAUACCCCCUGCCCUCUAAAAAACCACCGGAUCCACCCCAUGCUUUCCAGACCGGAAUCACCGCUCUGGACUCCGCCGUCGUGGGGAAGGGUCAAAAUUAAGACCGACGGGGCUGUGAUGAUGAAGCCAAGAAAAUCGGCAGCCAGAGGACUCAUUCGAAACGAUGAAGGAAGAUGGAUAAUGGGCUUCAUUGCAAAUGUGGGAGAAUGCUCCGAACUAGAGUCAGAGUAUUGGGCCGAUCUGAUUGGGCUCCAAAUGGCUUUCCACUUGGGCUUUAAGAAAGUCCAACUGCAAAUGGACUCCCUCCAAGCUGUUAAUUCUAUAAAUGACGAAAAUCGGGAAACAAUCAACAGCACCACUCUACAAGGAAUCAUCAGUCUACUUGGACAAAAAUGGGAUGUUGAUGUUAGUUUCAUAAAACGUAGGGCCUACGAUUCGGUUGAUUCAUUGGCCAAACUAGGACUAUUUUGUAACCCGGGGACAUAUAUUUUGUCGAGCCCCCCAGCAUUAGUCCUCGGUAAAUUAGCUAGAGAGUUCCCGGUUUUAACUCUACCUUGAAGAGUUGACUUCUGUGUUACAGAGUUAUGCUCCCUCAGUAUAUAUAAAAAAAACAGGAGUACUGGACUAGGAAAGCUGCAUUUCUUCAAUGUUGAAUUAGUGAAAAGUACCCACGAG